UCGAAAAUUCAAUUUGUAUUUACCGCCAGACGUUUUCGGGUAUCAUCACUUUGAACUCUGAAGAGAAGUGUCAUGGAAGCAGAAGAACACUUUCAACUUCCUCGUCUAUCUCACGAAGUUGCAAAUUCUCCGGUUCAAGGAAUGGAAAGCGUGGUGGCAACGGUUAGCGGUUACCACGGUUCCGAGCGGUUCGAUCUCAUCAAGCUGAUUUCAUAUGCCGGCGCCAAUUACGUUGGCACAAUGUCAAAAUCGAUAACGCAUUUGGUGUGCUGGAAAUUUGAAGGAAAGAAAUACGAUAUUGCGUUGAAGUUUAGAAUACCUAUAGUGAACCACCAAUGGAUUGAGGACUGCAUAAAGGAAGGGAGGCGUGUUCCAGAAGAUUCUUAUACCUUGCAGAGUGGACAUGAAGUAGGACGAUUGUUACUGGAAGUUCCCCUCACUGUUCGGGCCAGUAGGUUGACAAAGGAAAAAAUCGUCAGUGACAAGUUACAUGAUACUGGGACUGAAAGGCAAAAUCCUAACUUCGGUUCUGGAAUUUCAAUAACUUAUGUUUUGGAAGAUUCUUGUUUAAUGAAAAAGCAUGAUGAAUCAACUUCAUAUUCGUCUAGACUGUCAAGGAAAGGAAAAAGAAACAUUUGUAACGGUAAGGGAGUCAUUACUCGAGCCGGACCUUCUCGUAAAGGAAGAAGACUUACGAGAAAUCUUGUUGAUGAUGUGGUGUUGGCUCCUUCAAUUUUGGAUUUAAUAAGCCCAGAUUACCACCUUUUUAAAGCGGAUAGACUACAAACAGACGCUGAAGCGACAUCUAGCCUUUCUGGUGGUGUCAAUAAUAACACUAUUCUACAAAAUAGUGAAGGACCUAAUGCUGGAUUAAGUACUGAAAGUAGAAUUAUCGAUGGUGAUUCAGAUGAUAUUGAACAGAUCAAAGAUUCAGUUCAUAUAUCUACUCUUAGAAAUUCAACUUUGUUUGUAGAAGAUGCCCUACGCGUGCCACAAACAUCAAUAGAUUUAUGCUCUAGUGAUGAUGAAAAAUUCACCGAUGGUGAUCAGGUUGAUAAUGGCGCUGGCUUACCUACUUCAACAGAGAUGUCAUGUGUUAUAUGUUUCACAGAUUUCAGCACAACACGGGGGAUUCUGCCAUGUGGACAUCGAUUUUGUUUUCCAUGCAUCCAGAGUUGGGUUGACCAUAGGACUUCAAUGAGAAAAAAAUCAACUUGCCCUCUGUGCAAGGCAAGUUUUGUGAUGAUUAAGAAAGUCGAGCAUGCAGCCACUACGGAUCAAAAAGUAUACUCCCAGACAAUCCCAUGUAACAAUUCAGCCUCAGAAAUUUUUAUCCCCAUGGAUCAAGAAUUACCGCAUACUACCUUUGAGUCUACACAAACGGGAGCUUGUGUAAUUUGCCGUGGUCGGGAACCAGAGGAUCUCCUUGAGAAUUGUGAUAUUUGCCAAAUUCAAAAAAUUCAUUCAUAUUGCAUGGACCCUCCUCUACGGCCAUGGACAUGCAAUCAUUGCAAGGAACUUCGGAUGCUUUAUCGCACUAAUCACUAUUAGUGUGCAUCCCAAACAUGUUUUCAUUUUAUGAGAGAUGUUGUAAUUUUGGAAAACUUAUUCAUACUCACAAUUUUUAGGUACAUUGUAGUAAGUUACAUUUUGUUAGUGACUUAAUUCUCAACAAGUGAAAACUUGUAGGCAAAAUCAACGACAUGUCUUGGUUGAUAGAUAAUAUAAUAGUCUUUUAAGCAUGCUAUUUAGGGUUUGAUUAUUGAUAUCUGUGUAUUAAAAAACAGUUA